AUGAGCACACAAGUCCCUUCUGCAAACUUGAACGGAACCAACGGUGGUCCCGAAUCAGCGGGAAUCGCAAAGACUGCAUCGAUUCUCGAUCCUGCAAAAUUUCCACAGACGCUCGAAUCGCCGACCAUCUACAUAUCGCUUGUCUACGACCCUCUGGACAUCACAGCCUACCUGAGAUUCACCCGGUCCGCCACGGCAGGAGCCAACAUUCUCUUCCUGGGCACCACGCGCGACAAUUUCGACCACCGACCGGUAUCUCGACUGUCGUACUCGGCGUACCCAUCUCUGGCCCUGAAAUCUCUAUACGCGAUCGCCGAAGACGUCCAGAAGAAGCACGGGUUGGAAAAAGUCGCGAUAGUGCAUCGCUUGGGAGAGGUCAAGGUGGAAGAAGAGAGCAUCGCAGUCACUGUCAGUAGUGGACACAGAGCUGCGGGCUGGAAAGGCGCCGAGGAAAUCCUCGAGCGUGUCAAGGCCAGGGCUGAAAUCUGGAAGAGAGAGUGGUUCGCCGACACCGGUGAGAUGGAAGAGGGCGUCUGGCGUGCAAACAGGGACAGAGAUGCAACGGGGAGCAUCAUUGACAAGUCGACUACGCAUUCGACCACCACUGGCACCGGUGCUGGCAACUGA